CACAUCUACAGGAAAUUAGGUUUUUCUCCUGCUUCGGACACCAAAGCCCUCCUCAGCCAGUUGCGAUAUUCCCCCCGGUUUACUGACAGUUAGUCGUAGCUGCUAAAGCCCAACAGUAGCUGUCCAGAUUUAGAAAUAGUUGAGAGGCUGUUUGUUUCAUCCGUCUGACACUCGACACCAAAGGAUCUCACAGACCCGCAUGCUAGCUCAAGCCCUCACUCUGUCCCCCAUGGUGGACACUCUCUCUGGGCCAACUCCUCUAUUUCUGUCUGGUCUCCAGGCCCGAGUCCUGCUGCCUGCCGCCGAUCAGAGCCUCAAAGACAAGACUGUGGACUACAUAGAGGUUGCUGCUUUGGACUGCUGUCAAUAGAAGAAGCCAGAGCUGCCAGAGAAGGCUUGUGUGGGGGGACAGGGCAGGAUCAGAUCAGAAAGGCCUUUUUGUGGAGACGGAGCCUUCUGAGGAGUUUACAUUAAAGAACAUGGAUUACAAAACUGUGAGGAAAACAACAAAUUUCAGGAUUGCUUUGGACAAAGGCCAGCUAAAAGGCACAACGCCUUAGGAGCUACUGGCUGUACAAAAUCCUGUCCAGGGGGCCCAAAUUGCAGCUCCAGCAGCAGACAGAGCGUAUAAUUUUGAGGUCUAUAUAUGCAUGAAUGACUGAACAACUGAAAACAGAGUUAUUUGUUAGCAAGUCUGCAUCAUGACCUCAGUUGAGAAACGCCGCUCAGGCCGAAAGAGCGGCGGUCACCGAAAGCACAGCGAUGGAGGUUACAGUGACACCUCCAGUGGUGGGUCCUUCCUGGACGAGAAUGAUCGCGAGGUCAGCAAUUUGACGGAUAGAGCGUUCAGGAGUCUCUGCAUCGGAGAUGAGGCUGUUUAUAAUGACUCAGACCUAUGUUUGUCUUCGCCCUGCACCCAGAGGGACAGACAGAUGGCCUUUAGUCAUGACAGAGAUAGAGGGGACAAAGAGAGGGAGGAACUCAAGAGAGCUGCACAUGAGAACUUCAGCCUCCGGGUGCAGCAGUAUGGACAGGACUGGAUUCAUGGAGGAAUGUAUGGUGCUGAGAUCCACAGAGAUCCACAGUGGGAUGUUUAUGGGGAAAGGACACAGGGGAGGAUUUCUGCCACAUUCCAAAACUCCUUUGUGGAAACCUGUCAACAGGAAAAGUCUCUGAGGGAAGAACAGCUGUCCUUCCUCAGCAACGGAGCCUCAGAGUUGAGUUCACAGCAACACAGAAGCCGCUCCAGAGUUUCUUCUCUAAUCAGAGCUUUUAACUCUGAUGGUCACAGGGACGUGGCAGGAAUGGAUGAUAAAGUCAGAGAGUGGAAUGAUGAGGCAAGCUGGGACAAAUCUGCUCUGAUGAGUAUCCAACAGGAACUUUCUGAAUUCUCUACAUCAUACCAGCAAAAUUUUCACAGUGGUCACUUCCCCUCUGCUGGCUCAUUCUCGUCCAGAGACGCCAACUUCUAUUCCUCUGAAGUAGCAGAAGUGGCUCACAUGUCUCACAAUUCUGCAUCUUCUUUUAUGAGAUCUUCCCACAGUAAACACAGCAUGUCUGCUCAGGUCAACUGUAACUCUAACUUCUUUAUACACAGUGAGUUUAGUCCCUUCAGGGUAUGGAGGGACCAUAACAGGUUUCCCUUCCAGCGAGGGGAAAUGUCAGGAUUUAUGCACUGCUCUGAGUUUCCUAAAUGGUAUGAAACACCAAUGUACAAUGAGCUUUCAAUGCAGAAUCAACCAUAUGGUCCAUAUCAAGGUAUGAGACACCCAAGGAGUAACAUGGCACCUGUGGUUCCUCCAAAUCCUCCACGCUCCACCUCAACAUCUACAAUGCUGCAGAAAGCUUCAGCUGUGGAGAAACGAUGUGAAUCAGAGUUGGCAGGUCAUUAUCCUCACAGGAAGAGAAGCCAGAGUCUGGGAGCCAACAGGCUUCCUUCCCAACGUCGAUCAACGGCUUCACCUACCAUCGAGAUGUCUCGACGUGUCCGCGACACCAUCAGCUCUGUCAAAGCCCUUCAGCAAAAAAUCAAAAUGAUGUCAGAGCAAAAUAUCACAGCAGGGGUGAUAGAAAACCAACAAGGAGUACUCUACAGCCAUGAGAAUAUGAUUCCCUUUGGCAACAAUCCAGUAGCAGUGGCACCAAAUGUUAACACAAGCACUACUCCCUUUAACAUCAGCCAGCUGCUCACACCUUUAGUCCAUUCACAUCAAGAAGCAGUGACAUCAGACUUCCAGCCAUAUGGAGUUUCUCCUCUACCUGUGGAACACGCUCCAGUUCGAGCCGAAAGCAGAGGAGCCACUCCUGAUGUUAGGAUGUCCAGCUACAAAUCCCGAGCCACGAGCCUACUCUUCAAUCUGAAAGACAACAGGAAAAGAGUGAAAAGCACCUACAGUCCUCCCAAAUUUAAAGGAUUGGAGACAAACAAACAGCAGUUUAUCCAGGAGCCUCAAGAGACUGUAAUAGAUAUGCCUGAUUUUCCAGAGCCAGAGAUCCAGUUUCUCCAGCUGGAAGAAUCAGGCAGAACAAAUGCUGCUGUAAACCAGUAUCACAACCCUGGAUUGCCUUAUACAAUGCUAGAUUCUCAACCUGCAGCAGCACAUACAGGCCAAUAUCCAGAGUACACUUUCGGUGAUUACCAGACAGCUCAGAUGCAAGGUCAGAUGGUUCAUCACUCUGGGUUCACUGGAUUCAUACCUGAAAAUUACACCAGCAAUCAGCUGGCUAAUGGACAGAAUCUCAAUGAAGCUUUAGCAUCAUUUGCUCCCUAUAAGCAAGGUGUGAUGGAUAAUAUGGGACAUCUUGCGGGGGAUGUAUACAGACUUAAAGCAUCUUAUGCAGAAACAUCUAGGCUAAAUGUUGACAACAAUCAAAGCAAAGACUAUUUAAUAAGCAAGGCAAAUAUGGAACAACCUUUUAAUGAAACAGUGGGAAGGGUAUUCACAAAGGUGGAUAGAUAUGAGCAAUUUGAAGACAACAAGCAUGAUUACAAUAAUGUGUCCUCACAGGAUAUGUGGAGACAGACAAACAGCCAAGACACAGAAAAGCUCAGUCUGAAAGCAGCUACGUCUCCAUGGAAACAAGAGUCUAUGAUGGAAAAGACAAGACAAGGAAAUCAGUCAAGUAUAAAUGAAGAACUCGAGAAAGUAAAGUUAAGGGAGAAUUUGGGGAUUGGAUCGUAUUCUUAUGAAAAAGCUGAUUUGGUCAAUACUAACAUGUCAGACCUACCGCCACCAUAUUCAUUCAGUAAUAACACUGUAGAAAAUCCUGCAUAUUAUGGACAACAGCAACCUUUGGCAUUUAAGGACAAAAAUGUACUUCAAAAAUAUUCUAGACACACUGAGGAAAAUGAAGUGAAAGAAAAUAAUUUGACACAGAAUUAUAACAGAUAUGCUGAUCAAGAAUACAGAAGCCAAUUUGCAUUAUACUCUACUAAGGAGAAAUAUAUGGCCAUGGAAGAAACAGGUCAGAUGAAACAUACGCCAAAUCCAAAUGUCCAUGAAGUGCAAAAUCUCCAGCCAACAGAAGCUAAACCACAGUUUGAACACAAUAGACAGAAAAAAUCAUUAUCUAACCCUGACAAUACAUCUGCCCCAACAACGGCAAAGCAGAUGAAAAACAGACAGUAUGCUGAGGUCAAGGCUGAACAGGUCAUGUCAGAACAUUUAAAAGUGCAACACGCCCAAGCAGAGCUGGCAAAAGCUCAGCAAUGGGCUCAAGUGGAGCAGCCCAAAGCAGAUUCGGCCAAGUUAAAUUUAGCAGGGCAGACUGGUUCAGAGAAAGUCAAAACAGAACAGGCCAAAUCAGAAGUAACUAAGCAGGAGAGCGUAAAACAAGCCAAAACAGAACAUAUCAAAGAGGAGAUAAGAAAAGGAGGACAGACAGGAAAGUCCAGAGAAAAACAGCCAGAGGAGCAGACAAAAGCUCUACAAACCAGAGUACGGAAGGUAACAGAUGAGCCAAGAAAUAUUACAGAGGAAGCACCGGCCGAGCACAUGAGAUGGGAGCAGGGUAUUCAGGUCAAAGCAGAACAAGCUGAAGCAGAGAGGUUAAAAGAAGAACUCAUAAAAACUGAACAGCCAAACACCGAGCAGGCCGACCAGGAAAGAAUAAAGCGAGCUAAAACUAAAUCGGCCACUGGAAAAAGAAUCAAUGAACGUCAAGCUGAGCAAGAAAAGCUAAGCGCAAAACAAGUUGAAAGAGAGCAGAGGGAGGCAAAAACAAUCGGAACAGAAAAGGUUAAUGCAGAACAGGCUGAAGCAGAACAUAGAAAAGGAGAACAAACAAAAACAGAACAGAGCAACAAGAAAGAAACCAAAGCAGAACAAGUGAAGUUAGAUCAAGUGGAGAAGAUCAAAACAGAACACAUUAAAGCUGAAGAUGUUAGACAAGCAAAAGAUUUAAUUCAAGUAGGGCGAGUAAAUGCAGUGCAAUCUACAACAUUGAUAGGUACAGCCAAAGAUGCAAAACCCGAAGAGAGAAAAGCUGAACACUCAAAGAUGGAACGAACCAAAGUGGAGCAAGCCAAAGCAGAGCUACCAAAGUCUGACAACAUGCAGGAAAGGUCAGAUAAACUCACAGCAAAACUUACAGCGACACAAGUUAAAAGCGAGCCAGAUAAAGUUGAACAAGUUAAGACAGAGUUAGCUAAAGCCAAAGCAGAGUUAGCAAAAAUAAAGGAAAAAAUGAGAGGUGAACAAAAAGAGAAAGUCAAAAAUACAGUCACCCUAAAAGAGGAUGACAUUGCAAAGAACAAUGUUUCUUUACACCUAAAUGUCAGUAAAAACAAGGAUCACAAAAAGCCUGAUCAGGCAGCUGAAAAGCAUCAACAGAACGAAGCUUCAGCUGUCAUAACUGGCAGCAGUCAGGCUUACAGAGGAGCUGAUGAUUAUGACCACCUUAGAGAGAAAUAUGGUUUUACAAAUGCAAUUUCAGCAAGCAAAAACAAACUGUCAACUACAGGAAAUGUCUCUUCAAAUGAUGCCAGUGAAACACAAGUUUUACCUCUUGAUAAAGCUGAGAAAGUAAAUACAGAGAAAUCAAAAGAUGAAUGCAGUCCAGCUAACACAGAAAAUAAAGAGGAAGGAAACAGAUUUAAAUCCAGUGAGGUGACAGAAAAUCAAUACGUUUACAGUGAGUCAUCCAAAGAAUUCAAAUUAUCCAGUGUGAAUGAUCCUCCUAUAAAUGUAGAUAAAAGAGCAAAUGGUGACAGUGUUGCUGAUAAAGUGAAGGAUGACAGUGCUGAAAAGUUAAAAAGACGUGACCCAAUCAAAGACGCUGAAAUUUCACUGCAAAGAGAUUCUGAUUUAACUAAACCACUCCCCCAUGAAAGAAAACCUAAGUCAACUGAGCACAAUAUAGUCCCGGGUAAAGAUCUGCAUUUUACCCCUCCCAAAGCGUUGUCCCAUAAAGAGAGAGCGCACACCAAGCAGGAGAUUCUGACUUCCAAGAUAAAAGCUCAUGCUGAAAAAGAGAUUUCAGCUAUUAAAGAGGGUUUUGCUAUACGAGAUGGACUUUCAAGCAAAAAUUCUUCUAAGCAGUUAGGAGGUAUUCAGAGUGUUAAUAUACGACAGAGGCCACCAUCACAGGAAGGGUCUAAAAAGCAUGAAAGCACCAGUAAUAUUACACCAAAGCAACAGACGGAGCCUUUAGGAGGACAGAUGGAACCAGUCAAGUCUGUUUCACCUCCAAGCUCAACUACAAUACCAGCUAAGUCUGCUGCAACCAAGACUCAGUUAGCAGACCAUUCACAGAAACAAGAAACAAGAAAACCAUUGAAGAGCAACAGCGAAGUGUCAGAACCACCCAGAAAAACAAACCAGACAGAAAACUAUAACAUGAGCACAACUGAGGACUUGGUGCAAAAUCAAAAGCAGGAAAAUCAACCUGGGGUUCAGUCACCAGUACAAAAUAAAGAGCAGACACCAAAGAUCGACCAAGGAAAACAGCAAGCAAACCAUGGAGAAAUCCCUGGAAAACAGAAAGAAGAACUUAAAGACAAUCCAGCUAUUAACACUGACAAUAGCAACAAAAAGACAGAAGCUCCAUCACAAACUUCAAGCUCAAAAUCUGUGAUGACAGAGAGGGCUGAAAGUAAAGAAGCAGCUCAUGAGGACUCAGAACCUACGAUAAGUCUUGUAUUAGGUCAGAGCACAGCCCCUGUGACUGAUGAUAGCUUGCAGAUUAUGGGAAUAAUGGUAACUGUACGAGAAAGAAAACCAUCUGUGAGCACUGAUGAUGGAGAUAACACCAGCAAAACACAAACAGAGAGAGAGUGCAAUAUUUCAGAGCUAGAUAAGCAUCAUCUCAACUCAGGAAGAGAAGCAAAAGAGAAAAUUUCAUCUUCAAAGGAACUUAGUGUAGCAAAGACAAAAGACAUACAGGAAAAAGAAGAUCAGACUGAAGUUGGUGUAAAUAAACUGCCUGAAACUGUGCAAGAAAAUUCCUCUUUGGAGACAAGAAAGAAUAAUGUGACUGAGAAUGUCACAGGGAAAAGGACAAAUCUCCAGCAGGAGACUUCUUCUAUAAAUGCAAAACUCCAAAGGGAAACACCUCCAGAACCUUUGGGUGAAAAAGGUAUGCCCUUCACAGCCACUGUACCCGCUAAAAAUAAAGUGUUGCCAGAAACCCAACCCCAUCUCCACAAACAGGACACAAUAGCAAGAGAAAUGAAAGACCAUGCAGAUAAAAUGCCAAAAGAGAAAUCAGCAAAAAGCACAAGCACAGAUGAAGUACAGACGAACACCAGGGAGACAAAUCCACUAAAAAUACAAACCAGUGAGAAUUUCACUGCCAAAAAGGUGAACACAGGAAUCAACAGGCACGAUGCUGAACCUUUACAAAAACAUGGCAUGCAGCCAUCAGUGAAAGAAGAUAUGGCAAGUAUUGCAAAUCAAUCCAAAAGCAGUAGCAUAGAUGACAAGAGUGCAAAGCUGCCAGACGAAAAGACACACGACUCAGCACCACCAAAAACCUCUAACAAAGUCAAUCCUUCUAGCAAUUUAACUGAGAAUGAAAACAGAUGUCAAUAUAAUAAGACACACAUUGAACAAAAUAAUCAAAAGGAUGAUAAUGUGCAUAUUGACUGCAUUGCCAUCAGAGUUGUGCCAGCAGUAACUGAGAAGGACAGUGUGACAAUGGUGGGAAAACAUCACAUGACAACUUUCUCUUCUGAUGCUGUGCUGGCUAAUGAACAUAAACAAGUUGCAUCAUCUAGUUGUGAUCAAAAAGCAAUUCCUUUUAACAGUCAAGACCAAGCCAAAGACCUCCCUCCAGCAAGCAGUGAGAAGAUGAUGACAGACAGUUUGGAAGACAAAAUAAGAGUUCAAGAGGUGUUGUCCAGUGUGCGAAAAUUGUCUGAUUCAUUAAAAAUCAGCAAUAAACAGAACAGCACCAACACAACUAGUGGGAUUACUCAAGCUGAAAAUGAAAAUCCUGAAAAACUAGAAAAAAAUCUGAAAUUGGCAGAUGAGUCAAAUAUACAACCAAUGGAGGGAGACUAUUUUCAAGUACAAGGAGCGUCAAAUAACGAGCCACAUAACAAUAGUGCAACUGUUGGAGAUGCAUCAAAGGGAAGAGAACUAUCAGCACUACAACAAAACAAGACCGUUGUCAGCAAUGAAUCAUACAAGGAAGGAAAAACUGGAGCCUUUGUGUUCAAUGUGGAUCCAGAUAAAAGGAAAGCAGUGGAAUCAAGUUCAGUAAGCAUUCAAGAUGAGAGCAUAAAAAAGAAAAAAUGGGAAAGAGACGAUAAGCUGGCUUCCAAACAGACUGAUGGUUCCAUGGAGAGAUGGAGUAAUAAUGCAAUGACGGAGGCAGUUCAAGCUAAUCUCAUAAGAAAACAUCACACAGAGAACAAGUCCGGUUUAUCAGCAAUGGAAAGACAGAGUUCAAGAAAUUCACAUGCAACAAAAGAAAACAUGCUUAAAGAAAACCCUCAAGUUAAACCGAAACCAAAAGAAAGAUCAUCCACAAUACCUGAGAUUUCAGCACUUGCAGACUAUGCCAGGUUAAAAGUAAUUGUUUCAGAGGACACAGAGGUGAACAGAGUUCAGGAAUUCCCUCCCAACAAAAAGGAAGGAUUUUUUCCACUAAUACAGACCCGUCAUAGCAGACGUCCUGUGUUCACUACUGACCCACAAGACUUCUCUGUGAAAGAGAAAAAUUUGCCAAGUAAGACAGAGACGAGCGCCAAAGUGAAUAAAGAGCCCAAAGCUCCAGUAUAUCCCAUUACAGAAAAAGAACACCAAAGGACAGGGAUGUUCAAACUAGGAGACAAAGAGAAAAUGCUUUUAGAUGCCAAAGUGAAUGAAGGUGCAGCAAAGGAUGCACAUCAUAAAGAAAGAAUCAAGCCACCAGCAGCUCAGACAGAACAAAUGGCUGGAGCUGGAACCCAAAUAGUAAAUCAAGAUCAGAAAGUUUAUCAACCAAACGAUCCUCUUUUGCAAGCAACAACUUCUGCAGUCAACAGGCCAAGAAACACUACUGAAGGGUUGACAUAUUUAGAUAAAAACUCUCUUCCACAUGAAAACAUGACAUCCCUAAUUAAAGAUGAGAGGAACGAACAACAACAAGAUAAAGACACAGGGGCUAAGACUGAGGAUGGAAGGGCAGAUAAACUCAAAAAUGAAAGGCUUGCAACUCUACAUGAAGAAACCAAAGCAAAGUCACAGGGUAGAAUAAAACAAGUGGAAGAAGAUGAAGCAUCCAGGAGCAAAGAGGAGAAAAGAGAAGACGACAUGAGAAUAAAACACAUGAUAGAGGAGAGUAGAGCUUCUCUGGCCGAAGAAGAGAGGAGAGUCAUUCAGAGGGAAGAAGAGAGGAGAGCGAGAGAACGUGAGGCCAUAGCUAUUAAGAUCAAAGAGAGACGAGAAAAACAGAGGGAGGCAGAGAGAACAGCAGAGGAAGAAAGAAAAGCAAAACAGAAGGAAGGAGAGAAAGCUGCUCAAAAAGAAGAGGAGAUAAGAGCAAGGCAAAGGGAGGAAGAAAUGAAGGUGAAAAAAACAGAGGAGAGACGGGCAAAACUGAGAGAGGAGGAAAAGAGGAAAAGAGAGGAGGAGGAGAGGAGGAGGAUGAAAAAGCAGCAGGAGGAGAGAGCUGCACAAGAAGAGCAAAGAAAGAGAGCAGCUCAAAAAGAGCAAAUGAGAGUUCAAGAUGAGCAAAAGAGGCGAGCUGUACAAGAAGAGCAACAAAGAAGAGCUACACUGGAAGAACAGCAAAGAAGAGCUGCACAAGAAGAGCAACAAAGAAGAGCUGCACUGGAAGAACAGCAAAGAAGAGCUGCACAAGAAGAGCAACAAAGAAGAGCUACACUGGAAGAACAGCAAAGAAGAGCUGCACAAGAAGAGCAACAAAGAAGAGCUACACUGGAAGAACAGCAAAGAAGAGCUGCACAAGAAGAGCAACAAAGAAGAGCUGCACUGGAAGAACAGCAAAGAAGAGCUGCACAAGAAGAGCAACAAAGAAGAGCUGCACUGGAAGAACAGCAAAGAAGAGCUGCACAAGAAGAGCAACAAAGAAGAGCUGCACAAGAGGAACAGCAAAGAAGAGCUGCACAAGAAGAGCAACAAAGGAGAAUUCAAGAAGAGCAAAAGAGGCGAGCUGCACACGAAGAGCAACAAAGAAGAGCUGCACUGGAAGAACAGCAAAGAAGAGCUGCACAAGAGGAAGAGCAAAGGAGAGCAGCUCAAGAGGAGCAACAAAGGAGAGCUCAAGAAGAGCAAAAGAGGCGAGCUGCACUGGAAGAGCAACAGAGAAGAGCUGGAGAAGAGGAACAGCAAAGGAAAAUUCAAGAAGAGCAAAAGAGGCGAGCCACACAAGAAGAGCAGCAAAGAAGAGCUGCACAAGAAGAGCAAAAGAGAAGAGCUGGAGAAGAGGAAAAACAAAUGAGAGCUGCACAAGAGGAGCAGCAAAGAAGAGCAGUUCAAGAAGAGCAACAAAGGAGAGUUCAAGAAGAGCUAAAGAGGCGAGCUGCACUAGAAGAACAAAAGAGAAGAGCUGCACAAGAGGAGCAGCAAAGACAAGACUCUCUGGAUGAGGAGCAAAGGCGAGUUAAACAGGCUGAUAAGAUAAGAAAGGAGGAGAAAAUUGCUUACAUUUCAGAAGCCGAAAGGUUUAAGCACAUCCAGGCACAGAAGAAAGCAGAGCAGCAGAUUGAAGAGCAGAGGAGAGAACAUCAGAAAAAAGAAGAAUGGAUGAAAACUCAAAGAGAGGAGGAAAAGAAGAAAGCUGUGGAAAAAGUCCUAAAACAAAGAGAAGAAAAGCAAGUCAAAGAGGAGAGGAUCAGACUCCUUGACAAGAGCCAAGCACCACCCAAAGAGGAGAAGAGAGCAGCACCAGAAGUAAUGCUAUCUAAGACGGAGGAUGAGAUCCAGGCUAAAAAGAGAGAAGAAGAAAUGUUUGCAGCUCAAAGAGAAAAUGUCAGAGCUGCCCAGAUGGAGAAGCAAAACAGAGCAGCACAGAUGGAUACUCUCCAGUACUACGCCAUCACCUCAAGAGAAUCAGAGAGGACAUCCAGAGAAAGACAAAUAUUAUCCCCUUUACCUCCCCAACAAAGAAGCAAUCCAUCAGGACUUGAGUCAACUAAUGACUCCCAGACCAGGCAUUAUCGACCGCAUGCCUCGCCGUCUCCAGCUCCAUCUCUGCCCCGUUCCACCACGUCCUCUCCUGCUUUAGGAGCCAAGCCCUCAAUGUUCAGAGUAAAGGAUAACACUAUCAGGGGUUCUUCUUUGACCAAGUCAGUCAAACCUCGCUUCCAUAAGAACUUUGGAGAGGAUUUCUGGAUGGGUUCACCUGUGGGGUCAGAGAGAGGAGAGGAAGAGCAGGAGACAAUGAGACACAGUGCUGGAACUCCAGUCCACCCUGAUGCAGGAUUCAACAGACUUGCUGCCAUCAAUGAAUCCUCAACCUUCCAGUCAGCAUCUUCAUCACUGGAUUACUCAGCCCACAUCCCUCAUCACCGGCCCUAUUCUAGGAGAAGCAUUGCUAUGGAUGAGGACGACUCCCGCUCUGUCAUCAGCAACAUGUCAGAGGAUGUGGAGAGUUUUGCCACCAGUGCAGCAGACCUGGCAGAUAUACGAGGCCUGUAUGACUCUGAGAGACCAGAAUCAGCCUGUAGCUUCAGCAGCGAUGUGUCCCGCUCUAUGGGCAAGCCUCCAGCUGUUCCUCCAAAGAGUGAGAAAGCCUUACGCAGAGCUAAAAGGUUAACUUCUCGGAGGAUAAAUAAAGAGUUGUCCAAAGUUGCAGAAAACAACCCUGCUGGACUUGAGAAAGAUGUCUCCAGUAUUCCUUCUUCCUCCUCAUUUGAGGUACGCUCCUCCAACCGCCAUGCUGUAGCUUCCCCUCAUUUUUCUGCACCUGUCUCCCUCGCUCACGCUCCAACAUUGGGCUCUAGCUUGCCAUCUUCACAUACAGAGCACCAAUCUUCUCAUCGCUCUUUCCACGCUUCCCCUCAUGCCACCGGUCCCGUCUCCCUCCCAGUUUCCUCAGCUCACGCUACUGCCACUGUUUCCCUCCCUACUGUGUCUCCUAACAUUACUGUUCCUGCUUCUCAAGCUAUUACUCCUAAGACAGUUGCUCACGUUCCUUCUUCUCCCACUCUCCAUCGUGCCAACCAUCCAGCUCCAGUGACACAGUACCAAGUAGAGUCAAGCUAUCCACAGUCCUACCCAGUGACCCAGCGCAAGGUGCUGCAAGACCUCGGUUCUGGUCAGUAUUUCGUCGUGGAUGUUCCUGUUCCAGUGAAAACAAAGACUUUCUUUGACCCAGAGACGGGAAAGUAUGUUCAGCUCAAUGUGCGCGAGUCUGGACAAAGCAUCUCACAGCCUCAGCCUCAGCACCAACCCCAAAUGCAGAUCAAGCCACAGCAACAGCCUCUGCCCCAGACCUCUCCGGCUGGCAAGCCCUUUGGGUUUUAUCAAGGCUACAACGGUUAUCCACAAGGCUACCAACCUGCAGCUGUCAACUCUGUACACUCUCAGAGGUCAUCAGUCCCAGCAACUCUCCACCAGGAACAACAGCCUGUCAGGGAGAGCCACAACUAUGGAUAUCCAGCCCCUGAAAUAGGACAGAACUCUGAAGUUCAUCGCUACAGUCCAGAAAAAAACCCAUACAUGGAUACGGUUAAUGAUAAAGACAAAACAUAUAACAGAGUUUACAACACACAUGGCUCAUAUGAGUCAUUCCCAGAGUGUGACACAAACAGCCAGCUUGCAGGAAGCUCCAUUUGUGAAAAUGAUAACUCAGCCCCCUCACAGUAUCAGUCUCGUGAUAUAAUAACCAUGAGUGAACUGGAAGACUUUAUGGAUGCAUCUGACUGGUGAGAACAAAGACUGGUAUAAAGUAUUUAAUAAAAUAAAUAUACCCAGAAAGCACAAAAUGAAUGGAUCAUAUUAUGCAGUAUUUUAAGCAUUUGUAAAUUACAUUUUUCAGUUGAAAUAGUCCCAGAAUGUUUUUGGUUUGUAGUUUUAAGGAGUCCCUGUGACAUGCUGUUAAAUUGCUGCUGCUUUUGGAGUUACAUUGAUGAUCUAUUUAUUGUGUUACAGAGUUCACCAUUCCAUUUGACUUUUGAAUGUGAGAAGCUAAGAUAUAUUACUUGUGUAAACGAUAUCACUACUAUCCCGUUGCCUCUUAAACUUAUGUUAUCAUACAUCAAACAACAACAGUGUGUCAAAAGUGUUCGUUUCAGCUAUGAACACCAGUCAGCCUGCUGAUGUUUUCCUUUUUUUUUUUCUUGCUUGUGAAAUCCUACUUUUGGCAUUUUCUGAUGCAUGUAAUAUUGUGAAACUCAAAGUGUCAAUCAGUUUUUUUUCAGAUGGUAUAAAGUGUAGUUUGUGUAUUCGGCCGCUGUGUCAAAGUGCACACAGGACGUUGAGAUUAUUGCUGUUUUUAAGGUUUAAUUUCAUACAGUAGUCUAUUUUUUAAAUUGGAAGUUUGCGAGAAUGUUUCUGUGUUGCUGUGAAACAGAAUAGUGUGACAUGGGCUUAUGCAGACAAUAAAAACACACUUCAUUCAGACUAAAUACGUUUUCAUCCCAGUGACUGCCUUUCAGAUCACUCUGUAAAGGGUAUAAAUAAACAAAAGGGAAAUAUAAAAGGUUUCUGUAACAGUUCCUUUUUUCAUUUUUAUGACGAAGACAACUGAAAUAACAAUAUACUAUUACUAUCACUGGCUUCCUGUUCUGUACCCUGGGUCUAAAUGACUCAAAAUGAAGAGUCUUUUCACUGAUUGCAUAACAAGAUUACAAAGUGCAAUAAUACAUCCUGAGAGAUUUCAAAACACAAAAAGAGAAAAUUGUGUUGAUGA